GAAUUGUUUCCCCAAACCUCGACCAUUUGAUUCCUCGUCGGGAAAGAUCGAAUCUUUACGUUGUGGGUCAUUGAAAUAUUCGCGAAUCAUCAACUGGGUUUUCCUUUUCCUUUGCUUUACUUCCUCCCCUUUUCGCUUUUCAGGGAUUCGUUCAUAUAUAAAAGCAGAAACUGGGACGGGGAGUAAGAGAGAAGAAGCAGAGGAAAAGAAAGAAAAAAGAUGAAGAAUUCUGUGUCGGAACAGAGUUUUUACAUAGACAGCGAUGAAGAGGACGACAAAGACUACAGCAGAGAUGUCGAAGGGGAAGAAGAAGAAGACGUCGGAAACCUAUCGGAUUCCGACGAGUCCACGGCCGAUAACAACCGGCAACAGAGCAAAACCGGCUCUUACAUUUCUCAAUGGCCUCAAAGUUACAGGCAGUCAAUCGAUCUAUACAGCAGCGUGCCAUCUCCGGCGAUCAAUUUCCUCAACACGCCAUCUCUGACGAGGCUGGGAAGCUCGUUCCUGUCAUCUUCACUGAUAAGAAGGCACACCCCGGAAUCAUUUUCUACCCCGGCGGCGGCGACGGCGGUGACAGCGCCUCUGUUGGAGAAAGAAGAUGAGCCGAAGAGGAAGAGUUCUCUGGCGCUGCUCCCGCCGCCGAUCCCGCGGCGGAGAUCUUCCAUCAGAAAAGACGAUGGCAAGCCUUUCUCUAUGAUUGCCCAUGGCCACGACGAACUCCCCAUCUCUCGUCAGAGCUCCUUUGGUCAAGCCGUGCUCAAUGGGCUGAACGUGCUGUGUGGGGUUGGGAUACUGUCGACGCCAUAUGCAGCCAAGGAAGGAGGGUGGGCGGGGCUCUCCAUCCUCAUCGUAUUCGGCCUCCUCUCCUUCUACACUGGGAUGCUCUUGCGCUACUGCCUCGACAGUGAGCCUGGACUCGAGACUUACCCUGACAUCGGCCAUGCCGCAUUCGGCACCCCUGGCCGCAUUGCCAUCUCCGUCAUACUGUACGUGGAGCUAUAUGCUUGCUGCGUUGAGUACAUCAUAUUGGAGAGCGACAACUUGUCCUCGCUGUUCCCAAAUGCACACCUGAGCUUGCUUGGGAUGGACAUGGAUGCACACCACCUGUUUGCUUUAUUGACAACCCUUGCUGUCCUCCCCACCGUCUGGCUCAGAGACCUCAGGGUUCUCAGCUACAUCUCUGCUGGUGGAGUUAUUGCAUCAGUUCUAGUGGUUCUGUGCCUGUUCUGGGUUGGCCUAGUUGAUCAAGUCAGCGUCCACAGCAAAGGCUCGGUUAUCAACAUGGGGACGCUUCCUGUGGCUCUUGGUCUCUAUGGCUAUUGUUACUCAGGGCAUGCCGUCUUCCCAAACAUCUACACUUCCAUGGCAAGGCCACACCAAUACCCUAUAGUUCUCUUGGUCUGCUUUGUGAUCUGUACAAUGCUGUACAUGGGAGUUGCAGUGAUGGGGUACACGAUGUUUGGACAGGCCACAGCAUCUCAGUUCACUCUCAACUUGCCCAAGGACCUCGUUGCCUCUAAGAUCGCGGUGUGGACAACCGUCGUCAACCCUUUCACCAAGUAUGCACUGACGAUGAUGCCAGUGGCGUUGUGUCUGGAGGAGUUGCUGCCAUCAAACCUGAACAAGUCGUAUGUGUAUGGGAUGGGGAUUAGGACAUUGUUGGUCCUCUCAACUUUGCUCGUCGGUCUCUCUGUCCCCUUCUUUGGACUGGUGAUGUCGUUGAUCGGAUCAUUGCUCACAAUGUUUGUGACUUUGAUACUUCCUUGUGCUUGCUUCCUGAGCAUCGUGAGGAAAAAGGUUACUCCGUUCCAGGUUGCGCUGUGUGGAUUGAUAAUUACAGUUGGGUUAGUGGCAUCAGCUUUUGGGACUUACUCUACCUUGUCCAGUAUCGUUGCCAAUUUGAGCGGCUAGAGGUUUUUUUUUCUCCCAGUUUCUACUUUUUGUUAGAGGAGGUUUAGGUUAUGUGAGGGAGGAGAAGAGUUGUUUUGUAUUUUUAAAUUUGGGCAAUUUUGAGUGUGUAAAACCCAAAUAGCAUUAUUCCCAUUGAAUUUUGCGUUGCAAUUGCAAGUUUGGUGCUUUUUUUUUUCUUCUCAGUUUGCAUCAGAGUUUUUUUCAGUAGAAUUGCCAAGGUUAAGGUUCUGCAGUCUGUAUAGGAUAACAGAGCAACGUUGCUGCAUGGAGGGGAGCAAAACCAAGAUAAAUACCAAGCUUCCCUGAA